CAGACCCGGAAGUGGCGGACCCGGAAGUGGAUAGCGCGAGGCCGCCGGUGCGCUCUGGCAAAUCUUUCCUGAGAAGGAAGCCCAAAGGAAGAGGAAAAAAAGAGAAUGGCUCUUUCCCAGGAACUAUUUACUUUCAAGGAUGUGGCCAUUGAAUUCUCUCAGGAGGAGUGGGAAUGCCUGGGCCCUGCUCAGCGGAAUUUGUAUAGGGAUGUGAUGUUGGAAAACUACAAGAACCUGCUCUUCUUGGAUGAGAACAACUUCCCUCCAGAAGUCGGUAACUGCCCAUAUAUUCCUUCUGAAUUCGCAAACAAGAGAUUAUCACUGAAAGAAGCUAUGAAUAAAGGGAAAUUAUACCAUCUGGUGGUCUUGGAAGGAAAUGAAAGUCAUAGCAUCAAAACUAUUGAUCUCAAGGAUUCCUGGAAAAAUAUGCAGGAGUGUGACAGCCAGUGUGAACAUGAUGAAAGAAAUCACAGAGCAGUGCCUUUGACUUAUAGCAAAAAUCUCACUCAUAGAAAAGAUCAACAGCAUAAUAAAUCCUCCAUUAUUUUUCCACUAAAGCAUAGUGUUUCCGUAAGGGACUGUGCAUACCAGUACUUCUUACAUGACAAACCAUGUAUGAGGAAUGUGCUAAAACUGAAAAGUAACUUCAGUUAUACCAGAGACAAGUAUGUGAAGUGUUUUGAAAAUAGGAUGGGAUUAAGCUUGCAGGCACAUCAGACUGAAGUACCUAGGUUUCAAAAUGAGAAAACUUACGAAUGUCAUCAGGUUCAAAAGUCUGUCAACAAUGGUUCUUCAGUUUCACUACAUCAAAGACUUUGUCCUAAUGUCAAAAACAUCUGUAAUAAGCAUAGGAGGAUUUUAAAAUACCCUUUAUUACCACAAUAUGGGAGAACACACACCAGAGAAAAAUCUUACAAAUGUCAUGACUGUGGAAAGGUGUUUAGCAAAAGUUCAAACCUCACUAAUCAUCGGAGAAUUCAUUCUGGACAGAAACCUUACAAAUGCAAUGAAUGUGGCAGAGCCUUUAAUCAGUGUUCAAACCUCAGUAGGCAUCGCAGAGUCCAUACAGGAGAGAAGCCAUAUAAAUGUAACAUAUGUGGCAAGGUCUGUAGCCAGAAUUCAAACCUUACCAAUCAUCAGAGAAUGCAUACUGGAGAGAGGCCUUACAAAUGUCAGGAAUGUGGUAAGGGUUUUAUCCAGCGCUCACACCUUUGGGGUCAUGAGAGAAUUCAUACUGGAGAGAAGCCUUACAAAUGUCACGAAUGUGGCAGAGCCUUUUCUGAGCGUUCAAGCCUCACUCAACAUAAGAGAAUCCAUACUGGAGAAAAGCCUUACGUGUGUAAUGAGUGUGGCAAAGCUUUUAAGCAGUGCUCACACCUCACUAGACAUCAAAAUGUACAUCCUGGAGAGAAACCACACAAAUGUAAUGUGUGUGGCAAGGCUUUUAUUCAAAAUUCAAGUCUCGUGGAGCAUCAGAGAAUUCACACAGGAGAAAAACCUUACAAAUGUGACAGAUGUGAUAAAGCUUUUAUCAAGCGUUCACACCUUUGGGGUCAUCAACGAACUCAUACUGGUGAGAAGCCACACAAAUGUGAUGAAUGUGGUAAAGCCUUUGCUGAGCGUUCAAACCUUACUCAACAUAAGAAAAUCCAUACUGGAGAGAAACCUUAUAAAUGUAAUGAGUGUGGGAAAGCUUUUAAUCAUCGUUCAAACCUGUUAACCCAUCAGGUAAUCCACACUGGAGAGAAAACUUACAAAUGUGAUGAAUGUGGCAAGUCAUUUAGAGCACGCCUGAGCCUUAGUAGACAUCAGGUAAUCCAUCCUAGAGAAAAAGUUUACAAAUGUAAUGAGUGUGGCAAGGUCUUCAGUCAAAUUUCACACCUUGAAAGUCAUCAAAGAAUUCAUACUGGAGAGAAACCUUACAAAUGUAAUGAGUGUGGCAAGGUCUUCAGUCGCAGCUCACACCUUGCACAUCACUGGAGAAUUCAUACCGGAGAGAAACCUUACAAGUGUAUUGAGUGUGGCAAAGUCUUUAGUGUACGCUCCGUCCUCAAUAACCAUCUGGUCACCCACAGUGGAAAAAAACCUUACAAAUGUAAUGAAUGUGGCAAGGUCUUUGCUCAAAAUUCAAACCUCACAACACAUCAAAGAAUUCACACUGGAGAAAAACCUUACAAAUGUAAUGAAUGUGGAAAGGUCUUCAAUCACAAGUCAUCCCUCGCAAAACAUCACAUAAUUCAUACUGGAGAGAAACCUUACAAAUGUAAUGAAUGUGACAAGGCUUUCAGUCGCAACUCACACCUUACAACUCAUCAAAGAAUUCACACUGGAGAGAAACCUUACAGAUGCAAUGACUGUGGCAAGGUCUUCAGUCACAAGUCAUCUCUCUCAAAGCAUCACAGAAUCCAUACUGGAGAGAAACCUUACAAAUGUAAUGAAUGUGAUAAGGUUUUCAGUUGCAAUUCAACUCUUGUAAGACAUUGGAAAAUUCACAGUGGAAAGAAACCCUACAAAUGUAAUCAUUGUGACAAAAUCUUCAGCUACACCUCUUCUCUAGCACAUCAUCGGAGAAUUCAUACUGGGGAGAAGCCUUACAAAUGUAUUGAGUGUGGUAAGGCUUUUUUCAGACGUUCUUACCUUUUAGUUCAUGAGAGACAUCAUACUGGAGUGAAACCCUAUAAAUGUAAUGACUGUGGCAAAGUCUUCACUCAGAAUUCACAUCUUAUAAGUCAUCGGAGAAUUCAUACUGGAGAAAAACCAUAUAAGUGUAAUGAGUGUGGCAAAGCUUUUAGUAUUCGUUCAAAUCUAACUAACCAUCAGGUUAUCCACACUGGAGAGAAACCCUACAAAUGUAAUGAAUGUGGUAAGGUCUUCAGUCAAACUUCAAGCCUUGCAAUUCAUCGGAGAACUCACACUGGAGAAAAACCUUACAAGUGUAAUGAGUGUGGCAAAGUCUUCAGUUCACACUCAAACUUAAAUACCCAUCAGAUAAUCCAUCGUGGAGAAAAACCUUACAAGUGUUAUGAAUGUGGCAAAGUCUUCACUCAGAAUUCACACCUUGCGAAUCAUAGGAGAAUUCAUACUGGAGAGAAACCAUACAAAUGUAAUGAGUGUGGCAAAGCUUUUAGUGUGUAUUCAAGCCUUACCACCCAUCAGGCAAUCCAUACUGGAGAAAAACCUUAUAAAUGCAAUGAAUGUGGCAAGGUCUUCACUCAGAAUUCACACCUUGCAAGUCAUCGAGGAAUUCAUACUGGUGAGAAACCGUACAAAUGUGAUGAAUGUGGCAAAUUCUUCAGUCAAACUUCAAAUCUUGCAAGGCAUUUGAGAGUUCAUACUGGAGAGAAACCUUAUAAGUGUAAUGAGUGUGGUAAAUCUUUCAGUGUGCGUUCAAACCUAAUUGCCCAUCAGGUAAUUCAUACUGGUGAGAAGCCUUACAAAUGUAGUGAAUGUGGCAAGGUGUUCAGUCAAACUUCAAGUCUUGCAAUUCAUCGGAGAAUUCACACUGGAGAGAAACCUUACAAGUGUAAUGAAUGUGGCAAAGCUUUUAGUUCUCAUUCAAAUCUAAAUACUCAUCAGAUAAUCCAUCGUGGAGAAAAGCCUUAUAAAUGUAAUGAUUGUGGCAAGGUCUUCACUCAGAAUUCACACCUAGUAAAUCAUCAGAGAAUUCAUACAGGUGAGAAACCGUACAAGUGCAAUGUGUGUGGCAAGGCUUUCAGUGUUUAUGCAAGCCUAACCACCCAUCAGGUAAUCCAUAGUGGAGAAAAACCUUACAAAUGCAACGAGUGUGGCAAGGUCUUCACUCAAAAUUCACACCUUGCAAGUCACCGAAGAAUUCAUACUGGAGAGAAGCCUUACAAGUGUAAUAAAUGUGGGAAAGCUUUUAGUGUGAGUUCAAGCCUAACUACCCAUCAGUUAGUUCAUACUGGAGAAAAACCUUACACAUGUAAUGAAUGUGGUAAGGUCUUUGGCCGGCGUUCAAACCUUGCGAGUCAUCAGAGAAUUCAUACUGGGCUUUUAAAAGCUUACAAAUGAGUGUGGCAAGGCUUUUAGUCAGAAUCCACUUCUUUCCCAUUAGAGAAUGCAUUAAGAAAACCUUUAUAAAUGUAAUGACUAUGGCAAACUACUAAUCAAGAGUUUAAACAUUAGUAAAUAUCAAGAAAGUUCAUACUAACCAAUUUUAUAAUGUAAUUGUAUGGCAGAGGCUUUAUCCUAGACUCACAACUCCCUAGGCAUCAAAUUAUACAUCUUGGAUGAAAUCAUACAAAUGUGAUGUACAUGCUGAGGUUAUUACCCAGUGACUCUGUAGAUGAGGAUUUAUGUGAGGAAUACCUUGGUCUCUAGUUUUCCAAGAUUAAUCUCUGAGUUACCUUUUGCAGAGGCCUGGUUAUCUUCAGGUUAUAAAAUACUUCACUUGAUGUUUCCUAAGAACAGUGCUUUAUUAUAUGUGAUAUUCAACAACAACCUUGAAAUUUGUUAGUAGUAUGCCUGCCUUCAGACUUCAUUGUGGUCUCUGGGAAGGAACUGAGAGGAUGAAAGAUCUCACUUCUUUAGGUGAGCAUCAUUUCCAUCUAGGCAUUUUGGAAAGUGAUUCUUUUUGAAGUUGAAUAUUGUCAGCAUUUUGGAAGAGGCAGAGAAUAAUUCUAAAAGCUAGUAUGUAAGUCAUGCUUGCUGUUUUCAAGGUGCCCUUCAUGGGGACUGUGAAGUAUAGGAAAGAAAUUUUCUAGCAUCUGACCAUAAAAUAGGAUAGCCCAAGACUACAGGAUCCUGGGAUUUAUGUGGGACAAGAGGAAUAUGUUAUUAAGGACUUAAGUCAUACAGAGGUGGGCAGGUCUUUGGCCUACUGGUUAAGAUACCUGUGCCACACAUCAGCACAUGCUUGCUGUUUUCAAGGUGCCCUUCAUGGGGACUGUGAAGUAUAGGAAAGAAAUUUUCUAGCAUCUGACCAUAAAAUAGGAUAGCCCAAGACUACCUAUGCCACACAUCAGCACAUGCUUGCUGUUUUCAAGGUGCCCUUCAUGGGGACUGUGAAGUAUAGGAAAGAAAUUUUCUAGCAUCUGACCAUAAAAUAGGAUAGCCCAAGACUACAGGAUCCUGGGAUUUAUGUGGGACAAGAGGAAUAUGUUAUUAAGGACUUAAGUCAUACAGAGGUGGGCAGGUCUUUGGCCUACUGGUUAAGACACCUGUGCCACACAUCAGGAGUCCCUGGACUUGAUACCCAUCUCUGAUUCCAGAAUCCUGCCACGUAGAUUCAAAGAGGCAGGAGUGAUUGGCUUCUUGCCACUAAUGUGGGAGACCUGGACUGAGUUCUUGGCUUUGACCUGGCCUGGCCUGGCCCAGCCCUGGCUGUGGAAGGUGAAUGAACCAGUGGAUGAGAUUCCUAUUUCUCUCCCUCCCCCUUUAAGUAGAUUUUUUUAAACAUUAACAUUGAAGUGCUGUUUGUUGCUGUUUGAUUCAAAAUGUAUUGUUGAUGUGAUGUCUCAAUACAAUUUAAUCUUUUGUUACCAUGAGUCAUACUACUACUCACAUAGUUUUGUUCUACCUCAGUAGGAUACUUAGAACAAUAGCUAACUAGCCUUUUUACUGUUUCUCCAUGGUUAAUUAAGAGACUAGGUUUUGCAGCUUACACAGCAGGGAUUCCAAUUCUGAUUCAUCAGUAUGUAACUGGAUGAGUCUUGCAGCCUCUUUCUGUCCUAGCUUACCUCUGAUGUGAAAUGGCAAUAUCAGCAAUACUUAGCUGGAAAUUCAAUUAUUAAACAAAAAGAAAUGGUUAAUUUUUAUUCCAAAUGUAAUUGAUAUAAAAAGAAUUACAUAGAUAACUUAAGGGAUAACUUACUAAAUAUAUUUUUGAAUGAGAACAAGUCAAAGGGCAAAUAUUGAGUGUCAGUUUUUUCUGCAAGGUUUUCUGGGUCUGAGUGAGUAAAGUAGCUCAUGGGAAGUGGCAGAAUGGUGUCAGGGAUUCUGCAGUGGAAAUACCUCCUUGUCACAAAUGGAGAUCUGGAGACUUUCUCAGUGAUACUUUCCUUUAUCAUUGUAGACGCUAGUUAUGCCCACAUGUUUAUUGUUUUAAAAACCUCAUUAGCCAACUCACUACAUUAAGAGAAUGUAUUCACCAUUUGUCAUUUCACUUCUUUCAUUGAACUAGACUUAAAAGGCUACUCAUUUUUUAAAUAUUCCUGAUUUUGCCUUCUAUUUUUAACACUUUUAAUAUUUUUAACUGUCAUCAAAAUUUGUGCAUAUUUAUGGGGUACUACAUGAUGUUUGAAUACAUCUAUAUGUUAUGUAAUGUCUAAUGAAGUAAAUAUAUAUCCUAAACAUUGCCUUUUCUUUAUAGUGAAAAAAAUCAAAAUCACAAUGUUUUUUAAAUGUACAUUUUUUUAGUUCCCCCAAAUUUGUAUUUUCAUGCCACAGAAUGUCUUCAGACAAUACCUUCAUUUGUGUAUCUCCUAAAUUUUUACUGGAGUAAUGCACAGAAGAGAAUAUUAAACAUCUGUUCUGGAUUAUAAUGUGUAAAGGGGAAGAGACUCUUUAGGUAAAAAUCAUACAAAUACAAAGUAAUUUCACUAUAGUUGAAAAUGACCCAUGGAAUAAUAUAUUGCUUAGCACCAUAAAGUGAAAAUGAUAUUUCCAUAGCUUUUGAAAAAAUGGUUCUGCAGUGAAAUUACUUAAUCAUAUUAACUGUUUAAGGAUUUCCACACAUUAAUUUUUUACUGGGCUAAUGAAAUGUUUUAGUCAACUUGAACAGUAUGUCACAAACAUUUUUAACAGUCCUAUGUGAGGCGAUAUGUGCAUCAGGAAAUGGCAUGCCUAGUAUCCUGAGUCUCCUCACGUAUCAGCUGAAUCUUUUGAAGUCAAGAGGCUUUUCCACCAGAGAAAUAAGUUGACGAAAAUUAUCUUUUUUUAAUUUGACAUGUAGAAGUUUUGGAAAAGAUUUAUUUAUUUACUUUGAAAGGCAGAGUUACAGAGAGGCAGAGGCACAGAGAGAUCUUCCAUCUGUUGGUUCACUCCCUAAUUGGCCACAAUAGCCAGAGCUGGGUUGAUCCAAAGCCAGGAGCUUCUUCCGGGUCUUCCAUGCAGGUGCACGGUCCCAAGCACCUGGGCCAUCUUCUGCCUUCCUAGGCCAUAGCAGAGAGCUGGAUCAGAAGUGGAGCUGCUGGGACUCGAACUGGUGCCCUAUGGGAUGCAGUACUGCAGGUGCUGCAUUUACUUGUUAUGCCACAGUGCUGGCCCCAACUUGUAGAAAUUGUGUUGUUUUCUGUGACCUGGGGACAAAAGCUGUAUGGAGAACUUGAAUUCAGAUUGGAAAUAUAGGAAAUACAUACAAAUGUUGAUCAGCUAGGUAGUUUUUUUAUUUAUAAUGUAAAAUAUAAAUAAUAUAAAAAGCAGUGUUCAUGGUUCACUCCCCAAAUGCCUGAAACAGCCAGGGCUGGGACAUACCCAAGCCAGGACCCUGGAACCCAGGAUGGACCUCUCCCAUGUGGGUGGCAGGCACUCAGGCCCUUGUGCCAUCAUGUGCUUUGCUCCUUGGGUGUAAAUUAAUAGGAAUUUGGAUUGUUGGUGGAGCCAGGAUUCAAACCCAAAGACUCUUCAUGGAAUGUGGGUGUCCCAAGUGGUGUCUUAACAACUGGGCCAUAUGUCUGCCCCAUGAUUUUACUUUCAAUGUCGAUAAACUGAAAGCUUGUAAUGUAAUCUCAGGAAUUAUUGAGGCUUUAGUGUACCUACAAACUAGUAAACACUAACAAUUUGAUUAUCCAAGAAAUUAUUGAACUACAUACUAUGGGGAAAAUACAUUUACAAAUCCAGAAAUGCUUUCCAAAAGUGGAGUAGAGAAAGAAAACAUUUAAAUUAAAAUACCAGAAUGUUCUGGGUAAUAGAAAUUGCUAAGAAAUUUAAGAGAAAAAACUCCCGUUUAUGCAGCCCAUUAGGUACCUGUUUUCCUGAUAAAUUAGCCCUAUAGAAAGAAGACUUAAUAUCACCAUUGAUCACACAUAGUUUAUUCUGACUCUGGUAACGAGUGUAUGAGAGGUCUUCAAAAAGUUUAUGGAAAAUGCAUGUUAUGGAAAAGAUGUCAUUUUUUGUACCAAAAUAAAAAACUUGUUAUAACAUGUCUGGAAAAUACCUACUUUGAAGACUAUCAGGGCAGCACCUAAUUGUAAAAUUGAAGCACAAAGAGGCAUCACAUUUAUGGUGACAGCUGUGUGGAAGAAUGGUGAAAUCAUUAAUGCAUUAUGAAAUGUUAUGCUCCCAGAGAAACUAGAGCCCUAAACCUAGGUCUGGUUGCUGAGAGCACCCAUGCUCAGUUACACCAAGGAUGUGAAAGGAAUUUAUUUUGCAAAGAAACAACAGGAACACAGGCAGCUAUCAAUUCCUACACUCCUCAAGAAGUUGAGGUUAAGUGUCAUAGCCAAUAAGUUGGAGGUUAUAGGUGAAUGUUCAGCUCACUUGCAGGCCUCUGGUUGGUCCACAGGAAUCAUGACCCACCU